GAGGCGCUGUGUUAGUCAUAUCUUAGGAUUUAGGUUUACAUUGUUUCCCCCUUUUAUUGUCUUGUAUUGUCAUCUCUCAAGCUGAUCCGGAUAGCUCUUUGUGGCGACCAGAAUCAAGACAGUUCGCAGUGGGAGCGUGUUUGCAGACAUCACAGCUUUGGUGAAUUGUCAGAAUAUCUUCUCAGAUGUCAUUUGCCACGUUGAUAUCAGGACAUUUUGUUGAUUGUAGAUCUGGAGGAUGGGUGAUCCUCAUCUACUCAUCUACUCAUCUACUGGAAUCUCAGUUUCUGGUGUUAUCUAAACCCUGUGGAUAUCUUCUCAUCGGGAAACGCACCUGUUGAUGAAUAAUGUGCAACAUUUCCUCGUAGAUUGUCCGUUUCAUUUGUUUAUGAAUCUCCAGCUGAAGAAGAGUUACAUACGGACUACGAAACUGUCAAAGGUUUUCUGAUGCCGAGUAAUAACAACGCCUGUGCUAUGGGACGGUUUCAGAUGCCCACCUCUAUUCCGGGCCUCCCAGGAGGAUACAGGUUACCCCCGGACGUUAAUCCUGCCCUCCACUAUUCCUCCUUCGGACCACACAGGAAACAAAGAAGAAACAGGACUAAUUACAGUGCUGCUCAACUUAACGAACUAGAACUCGUUUUCCAGAGAACAAGGUAUCCUGACAUUUUCACCAGAGAGGAGCUAUCGCUGAGACUUGGGAUCCCCGAGGCUAGAAUUCAGGUUUGGUUCCAAAACCGACGUGCCAAAUGGAGGAAAAGGGCUAAGAUCCUGGACAAGGGAGAUGAAGAGGAAGCCAGCUCAACCACUCAGUGCCAUGUCGGUGUGAUCAGUCCAUGUGGGAGCGAGAAGGACGAGAAGCCGUCAGACCUACCUAUCUCAACAGUAGCCUCCUCGACUAGUCCAGUUAGCAGGGUCAUCGCCGGUAUCGCUGAGACCCACUCUGCGCAGAUGCUAAAAGAGAAGCUGAUAAAAGGGGAGAUGACAGACGUUCCCAUCUCAGUUGGGGGCGAACCCGAUAAAUGGGGCAUACCGAGCAUGAAUAUCUUCAGCCAACACCAACAGAUAAUUCAGCAGCAGCAACAGCUGCAACAACAAACGUCACAUCCUGGCCACCCACAACACCCGGCCCAGCCUGACAACUUCAACUUUCUGGAAAUGAGCUGAUUUGCGUGACAAGCUACGUGAUGAAACGUUAGAGAUAACGCGUGAUAGACGACGAUUGAGAAAGCUACGUAAAGGUGGUGGUGAUGUGCGCGGCUUUGUUUGCACGUGCUGAAAUGAAGAGCAAUAGACAGGCAAUGAUCAGUCAGUAUGAUAUUGAAUAACACUGGGAAAAGGGGUCAUAGGACUGUGAAUGCAGCAUUUUAAUUCAUUGGUUGGUAUACUUAAAAUUUUACUAUAACUAUAACGAUGUUUUUAUGAUGGCAGAUUAGGAUAUUGGUUAUUAAAUAUAUAAGUUGUUAAAUGUUAAUAAGCAGAGUAUUAAUUAGGGUUUAGUUAGAUGGGCUAAUGAGUAAUGGCUUGUCUGUACAAGCAUCAACUAAUUUUAAAUGAUAUAAGCAUUUCUGAUAUUCAUUUCAGUAACGAUUGCUUCUACUUACAACUCCCUUAAUGGCUUAAUUUGAUAUUUGUUCAACCUCAGCUCCAAGAAUGUACAACAAUCUCUAAAUCGUGACUUUGAUGUUCAAUCUGUACGUUGCAGAGUAUUUAUAUUAAAUCGUAUGGUCCUAAAAAGUCUUAUUUUGUUGAUGCCGGAAUAUAUUUUGCGUCAGACUUUAAGUGUAGCACGGAGAUUCAGGCUUUUAGCGAUUCUUUAAACCUAAUAAACCCAGACUUAUACCCGGCCAACCACGCUCGCACAUACACACACUCAAUUACUACCUCGCUGAAUUCAUUUGCCAUUUAAUUUGAGUAACAUACAUUAUGAUAUAUUCAGGGAGGGAAGCGAGCCUACCUCACGCUGCUUUUAGCAAGUUUAUACGCCCAGCUCCGUAUUUACGAGGCUUGCUAAUGGAUAUUUCUUGUUUCCACUUUAAGAGAGGAAGUCUUGUCUUGUCAUGGAGUUACUUAGGAACACUUUAUUUAUUGCAAUAGUGUGUAGAAAUUUUUUGAUGAAUUUCAGAAUUUCGCUGUUCUAGUUAUUAGAUGUAUGAUACACGUUUUGUAUACUGACUGGAAAAUCAACCAAAUUUUAUUGUUUAAGUCAUGCCAUAUAA